CUGCAUAUCUACUAAAUAUGAUCUGUUUUGAGUUAGGAAAUUCUAGAGCUCCCGGUAGUGAACCUUUUCCUGAUAUCAGACCUGCUCCUGGCAGACCACAGCCCAGACUUAUAACGGAUCCAAGCGUGCAUCUUCAUGUAGCCGUUUACUAUAUUUUAACAAGAGUACCAGGCGCGGCACCAGGUCAUGGAUAUUACCAUUUAGUCCAAAAUCGCACUUUGAUGGAAACAGAGGACAGCGCAUACAUAAUUGGAAUAGUCGAACAUUAUGAUACUUUUCAAGCAAUAUAUGAUCAUGAACGCCGACGGCUUAAAUAUAAAAGACGUAGCGAACCCGAUUUCUAUUUCACAGAAAGAGAAGAUGAGAUAAAUUAUCCUGAAGGCGCACCUCUGUCACAAGAGACUCUAAACGCGCUCCAGCGAAUCAGGCGCGCAAAUGCAAGGCGCGCAAAUGCAAACCAAAAUGUUUAAUGAAACGCGUUAAUCUGAACCUUUUAAUGUAUGAAAGUUUUUGUACAGUUAUGCAGUUUCUUCAUCAGUACGGCAGAAUGGAUAAAUGUAUAAUGAGCCCAAGUUCAAGGAAAAAUAUAAAUUUAAUAAGUAAAUAUUGCGAAAACCUCAAAUUUCGAUGUUUUCGAAAAAUUUGAAUAUCUCUGGAAAUAAUAAUUACAAAAUUUCAAAAAAUGAUAGCAAGGAUGUUUACUUAAAUCCGAUAAAAAAUUCGCUGACAGUUUCAGGUUUUUUCCACCUUCAUUUUUCAUGUAUAUUUCUUAAUACCAAUCGUAAAGUCUUCGUUGAUAAUAUUCAGAUAUGUAAAAACCGUGUCACAAAAGUCCCGGGAUGGCUAAAUAUUUCCUCAGGUAAGAUAGUUUUCAGGAAGUUCAAGGUCAUUUUUGAAAUAACUUUCAACAAGAAAUUAAAUGGUGACCUUUAUUUUUGUCUUCAGGAUGACCUUAAAAGUUUUUCAAGUCAACUUUAAAAAAUGAAAACCCCUUCUUUAUAUCGGCAAUCGAUAGAGCAGAAAAUUGUACCUAUAAAUAUGUGCGCAGGUUAUGAGUAUAUUGUAACCUUGAUGGCCACUGUAAGGUCAUUUAUACUUAAACAAGGCCAGCAUACCUCUAGGUCAAGGUCAAAUUGGACCUAUGACAUGAGUACAUGUUCGAACGUAUAAUUGGGUUAUACCGAUUGCCGAUGGGGAUUUACAACGGGAAGAAAUUGACCUUGAAAUAAGCUUGAAGGUCAACUUUAAGAUCAUGCUUAAGGUUACUACUGAAUGCGCCUGGCUAAAGUAAUUAAAUUUGUUCGUUACGAGAAAAAUUUGAAAAGCUUCUAUUCUCAGAGGUAUGCAGACCUUGUUUAAAUUUAAAUAACCUUAGGGUGACAUUCAUGGUUACAAGGUCCCCGCUCUAUCGAUUGCCGAUGUAAAAAGGGGGUUGCCAUUAAAAGAAGGUUCACUUUGAAAAAACCAUGAAGGUCAUCGUUAAUAUAAAAAUAAAGGUCACCACUGAAUUCCUAGUUGAAAGUUACUUCAAUAAUGACCUUGACCUCCCUGAAAAAAUCGUAUCUGAGGAAAUGUUCAGCCGUCCCGGACUUUUGUGACACCCUGUAUAUAAAAUUAAAUAACGAUUUUCCUUUAUACAUGAAAGUAACUAUAUAAAAGGUCACGAAAUUAAGAAUUUUAUGAUAUUAAAGGAUAUUUUCAAAUAUACGCGUAAUAUCACUAUCGAACAAUUAAAGAAAUGGAAAAUACGAAAGAUAAAAUUAUAAUAUUUUUAAAUUUGUCGCUUGAGUCCGUAAAUUUGAUGAAUAGUUUUUUUUUAUUUCUGUACUAUUUGUGUUGUUAUCUUAAAAUCAGUUUAACAUAUAUACAAAUAUUUU